CAGCCAUUGAAAAGACUGAGCGAGCUCAAAGAGGCGGGGCAUGACGCAUUUCGUGGUUGUUAAAAGAGCACGCAGCAAAAUUGAGAUUUUGAAUCACCGUCAAGGUUUUAUUGCCAGCAAUUCGCAGGGGUGACGAACAGUUGAUCUUCAACAAAUACAGACUUCACAAGUGGACGCAGAAUAACACAUCGCUGGUCAUCAUGGCAGUGGACGGAUGUGGCCUCGUCUGCAAAUACAUCCUCUUCAUUUUCAACAUUAUCUUUGCGCUGGUGGGACUUGUCUUGUUGGGUCUUGGCUUGUGGCUGAGGUUCAGCCCUGGCACCAGAGGCAUCUUCGAAAUAGAGGCCCUCAACUCAAGUGUAUUUGUUAUGGUUGUGACAAUAAUGAUAGUACUCGGGUCAGUGAUUCUGAUUGUGGUGUCGUUCGGAGACUACGGCGCCUGCGGUGAGAAAAGAUGUGCACUGCAAGUGUUCUCUGUCCUUCUGGCCUUUCUGUUUGUCGCUGAAGUUGCUGUUGCAGUGCUCGCCUAUACCAAGAGGGAUCAGGUUCAGAUGAACAUUGUGGAGUUCUACACUAGCUUGUAUGCUCUGUAUGUGAGUAGUGGUGGAGACCCAGUCAUUGGUGUCACUCUCACAUUCAUCCACAAAACACUUCACUGCUGUGGGGUGACAGGGGUCUCAUUGAUAGAGAUCGCUAAAAACACCUGUCCUGAUCCAAAAGGUUUCUCGGAUUACUUCAUCAUGAAAAAUUGUCCUGUGACCAUCGCAGAGGUCUUUGACAGCAGAGGACCAAUGAUGAUGGGAAUCCUUUUUGGAAUUGGAGUUCUGCUGAUCACUGCGAUGGUCUGCACAUCUAUCCUCUGGAAACAGCUCAAGAAAGUCCACCAGGAGGUCACCGCGUACUACAAAAAUGUGUACUAAGAAGAAAAUUCGAAUCCUUACCCUCUUAUGCCUCAUCAACGGAGACCAUCGCUGGAAUUUAGGCUGAACCAGCAAAUCAGUGCCUACAGACUUUUCUCUGUAGGCUAGUUCUACAACUUAACUAGUGUUACAAUUGCAUUUUUAUGACCUAAAAUGUUUCAAUGUGCUAAUAAUGUGACCCAUUAAGAGCAAACACUUUCAUCAGAGCAUUUGACAACUAUUAAUAUUUUAUUCUGCUUUUUUUAAAAUAAUCAUUCAUCAUGUGAAAUGGAUGUUGCUUGUAAUUAGCAAUUAUUCAUCCAACUAGAAACUAGACAGCAUGUGCUUUCUAGACUGACGAGCCUGUACAUCAUUGUGGGAAUAAGUAAGUAACCCAAGACUGAGAACAUAUCCAUUUAAUAACUGCUAGGAAGGUAAAGGGAGAUCUUGUCUGUUACACAUCUGAACGUUCCAUUAAAUACUGCUUCUGAUGUUUGUGUUUCUGUGUUGCCACACGUGGAAGAGUUAAAAUACUCUUUGAGCCACUGGCAGAUAUGACAAAAUGUGCCAAAAGAGUUAUGUGUAAAUGCAUAAGGGAUCUUUUUUUUUUUCCAACUGUUUAAUAAGCUUUUAAGGUGAGAUUAAAUUGACACCACGUCAGAACGUAAUGACAGUUAGUUUCACCUUCUUAUUACUAAGAAUUCAUUUCUACACUAUAGAACUACAAUCAUUCAAGGGUACCCUAGACUAGUUUCUCUUUUGCCAGUUUGUUUUUUUUUUUCCUCCAAAUUACUUGCAUUCAUGACAACAUUCACAGGACUAAUCAGAAAAGCACCUCAUUGACAGAAACAUUCUUCAUGUUUUCUGAUUUGAAUCAGUGAAACACAUUGCCAUUCCCAGACGUCAUGUUCAGCCAUUUCAAUUCACUCAUGUUUCCAUUCCUGCUGAAAGCUUCUGUGACCACAUACAAGUACAAUAACGUUGUCCUGUUCAGAGAGAAAACUGAAUGCCUCAAACUGCUUUUGUUCUUUAUCUGUACUGUGCAGUAAAAUAUAGCAUUGUUUUGAAGCUCACAGUUUUUAAAAUAAAUAUUCCACAGAUGGA